AUGCAAUCUGUGUACAGUGCGUGCAUCUCAAAAAGAUGCAACAACCAUGUUGGCUUAAGAGGCGUCACUGAAGAACACUGCUAUGGGAAUUCAUCGAAUAGUGAUGGUCCAACGGUUGAGAAGGAAGUUCAGAGUUCUUUGAAAAAUGAAACGAUCAAUCGAGAACUACCAGAAAUGGACUGGAUACUAGCAAUAGACGUCAGAGUGGUAUUGGUUAUCGCUUCUCUGGUGAUAGGUUAUCGUGAUCUGAUACUUAUCCUGAAAGAAAGCCCAGUUCUUCUCGGUGCGAUUUCUACUGAGCACUGGACGUCACUUUCACUGCUUUGUGUUCGCGAUCAAGCCAUGAAAAGGGAUGAAGUUAAUUCAGAGAUUAUCUCGGAGACCAUGUGCAGUCUAAAUUUCACGACAUUUGAAAUCAAGGCGUUGAAUACGAGCAAGUUCAUGCGACGGGAUGGACAUCAAACACAGGCUCCUAUGUACAGCUGGAUUAUCGAUAGCGCUGGGUGA